AUGAGCGCUUCGGUUGACAACUCCGCAAUCUUCAUGUCAGACACUGCCAAUCAAAUAAAGAAGAAGAUCAAUAAAUAUGCCUACUCCGGUGGUGGUGAUACGAUAGAGUUGCAUAAAUUACACGGAGGAAACCCAGACAUCGAUGUCGCGUUUCAAUAUCUAUUUACGUUUUUAGAAGACGACGAGGAAUUGGAUAGAAUACGUCAGGUUGAAUAG